AGGCGGCGCUCGUCGCGCCGCGACGAGGAGUGCGUUAGUCAAGUGCAUUGUUGAUUGAAAACGUAUUACGGCCGCAUUAUGUCCGUCGGACCGUAGCCUUUUUCACGCGGUUUUACUCGGUGAAGUCGCGCGUGACGAGUUAUGCAACGUACGCCGCGUAAGGGCGGCCCGCGCCGGGCGAUCGGACACCGCGGCAGCUGACCUACUUAGAGCUCGGCCUAUCAUCGUCGUACCUCACGACGCGGCGGCGAAUCGUGUCGCCGAGCACGCGAAAGGAGAGGUUCGUCACAAAUCCCCCGGUGGUUCGUUGGAACGGUCGAAAAAGCCGGCUUAGCCGACUUAGCCGGCCCGCACCGCGGAACGACGCGGAACGACGCGGAACGACGCGGUCGCGAUUGCGGCCCGUCGGCGGCGAAGGAAGCGGGGCCGGGGACGGCACCUUUUGGAAAUUGCGUCUUUCCGCCCGCGACGGAGCUCGCCGAUGAGGCGCAGGGCCGUAACCGCCGGCACGAAGGUACCGGCCCACCGACUCUGCACCGACCGAGCCGGCAUGUAACUCGGCAUGUCAAUUUGAAUUCUCUUUCUCCCUUUUCUACUCUCUUCUCACCUUCCUCCGUCUCUUAUCUCUUCGUACUUCGGAAGCGACGGAAAACUGUUUUUGUCUCGGUAGCCGGUGGCGAGCGAGAAAGCGUCAAGCGGACGCCGGCCUAACUCACUAACUAUUCAUGUGCACGCUCGCGAUUACGCUGUUUUCCCUUUCGUUCGGCCACUGCCGUACACACAAUCACACGAACGUUCAGCGUAACCGGUUGGGCGGGGGAGACGCCAACUAGACGGCGAUACGAAUCGGAGCGACACGCAAAGAUCGUCACACGCACACGACCCUGACCCUCGCGCUUUAUCGCAAACGAUGAUCUUCGGAGCAAUUUCUGCGUGAAUUUGAGGUCGCGCGGUUAUGACAUUAUAGAACAUUGUAGACUGGAGGAACUCAUUUCCCGCGGUCGCGUCGCGCGAAUUGAGAUUCCGAGUCGCGACGAGUUGAUCCGUUGGCAAAGGAGGCGAAUUUUCGUUCGUUGCUAGGAGGAUGAAAAAAAGAAAUAGGAGAAGGAAAAGAUCGGCGAAUGAAAGAAAAAAAAAUGCGAACGUAUGGCGGGCGGCGUGCGGCCGGUACGGUCCUGACGGCUCUCGUGCUGUCAGUGCGCGACAGUGCGCCGGACGCUCGCUUGACUUAGGGAGUGCCCGUGCCGAUGCAAAGUGUAAGUGAAGUGGCCUACAGACCUACAUUUGUCUAACGUUCCAUUUUUUCACGGGCCGACGGGAACGGGAGGUUAACGAAUACCGCGCGCGUUAUUUCCGCUCUUUUCUUCGGUAAAACGUGGCGUGUGCGUGUACCUGCGAUGCCGCCGUCCCGUGAUAUACCAACGUUCGACUGACGAGACGGACGAGAGAAAGAGUAAGAGAGAGAGAGAGAGACAGAGAGAAAGAGAGAGACUGAGAGAAAUAGGUAGAUAAGUAGACAAAGACAGAGAGAACGACCGGGAACGAGCGAGCGAGCGAGCGAGUUAGCGUGGCGGUGCAGUUUCGGUACGUCUCGGACACUGCGCUCUGACCAGCGUGUAGUCGUGAAAGGAGAGAGAGAGAGAGAGAAAGAGAGAGAGUGAGAGGGGGUGACAACUCGUGAGCGUGCGCGAGAGUGACGGAGAAGAGUGGCAGAGGCGUGAGAGUGAGAGAGUAUGAUAGGAGAGCGCACGAGAGCGAAAGCGAGUGUACGAGACGUCGGCGCGAGGGAGGGCGGGCGAGAGUAAAAGAUAGAAAGAGAGAGUGAGCGUGGAAAAAGAGGGAACGGGAACGGAGCGCACGUUACCGCGAGGAGAGAAAGAGAAAGAGAAAGAGAAGGAGAGAACGAGAGUGAGAGAAAGAGAGCGCAAAAGGGAGUACGUAAAAGAGUGUAGGUGUUCUUCCGAGGAGAAGUGCGUGCGCUCACGGGAACAACGUGCAAGAGAAGUGGAGGGAAUCCUGUCUGUCCGUUUGUCUAUCUGUCCGUCUAUCCGCCGGGACACGCGAGGCCCGGAAUGGCUGCGAGGACAGGGGAGGGCGAGGGUGAGAGCCCCGCGACAGUCUUCGACAACAAUGCCGGCAUCGUGACGACGGCGGGUUCCCUCGCGGAAUCAUCCACGUCGUCUUCGUCCUCCUCCUCCGCUACCGCAGGCGCCGUCGCCGCCACGGUGCCAACAACGGUGAUCCUGACUGAGAGUACCGCUACGAGCGCCGGUAGUCUGCCCUUGGGAUCUCAACAACAAGACAACCUGCAUCAAGUACAUCAACAACAACAACAACAACAGUCGCGACAGAGAAUCAACCUGAUUGCCGAUGUACCCGUCAAUGAUGUCGCAGGAAAAAAUGUCAUUAACGCAAAUCACUCAAAGAGACUCUGUUAUUAGUGCUGGAUACACC